ACCAUAUUACAGUUUAGUAGCCCCGCCCCCUCGACGGGUACCGGUGACAGUUUGGGUAAUAAAUCACUUCUGACCUACGCGCUGACCUUUCUUCCACUAAUCAGCGAGCUUGAAGAAACAUACGCCAAAUGCGUUCUAAUUAAAUAUGCGCAUGUCAUUGGUCAAUUCCGGGCUCAACGAUGACGUCAGAAGGAAUGACCAUAUAUAGAACUUCGGUCAAAUGUUGCCGACGAACACUGAUUUGCGAGGUGAGUUCACAGGUUUAUUUUAGUUUGAAAGAGUGAAGACGAAACUCUCUCUUAAGAAGUGAAGUCAAACGAAUGCAUUAUACAUUAGGCGUACCAUUAGGUUUUACAUGCAUGUACGUUCAAGAAAAAGUAAAAGGACACCAUCAGAGACAUAUUUGGACUCAUAGAGUGUAUGGGCAAUGAGUAAUCCGCUCCAGGAACCUAGGUAGUAUUGUAAAUUUGAGGAAUGGAUGGUCACUGUUGAAGAUCAUCCACAAUCUGAUUGCAAGAGAAGCUUGUCACUCAUUUCAUCACCCUCGUGUUUACCGCAUCGCGCGUCCAACUAUCACUCUUAACUUGGUACAUGAAUGUUCUCUGUGAGGCUAUUGGGAAAUCAAUUCACUGAAUUACAAUGUGAACAACCAAAACGGACAUACAUUGACUUUAUCAAGUCAGCGUUUUCUGGACACAUCACUUCACAGGGAAACAAAGUUAGCAUGAGUGAUUCGAGUCAACGAUAAACUCUUCAGACCAAAUACAUCCAGGAUUUUUCAAUAUGAUGAUGGAAUUUAUAUUUAGCAUCCUUCUUAUCGGAACCUUACAAGUGACAUCAUGUUGUUCUAACAUCAAUGGACACACAUUUCAAAUACUGAAAAAUAAAAGAUGUGAAGCCUAUACCGUUAUAGACACACUGUACAACAUUCGCUCGCAGACGAUCUGCCUUGCAAAGUGUGCAGUUUUGGCUGAAUGCGCAGGAGUAAAUUUUGAGAAAAGAUCCACUACUUGUGAAUUGAUUGCUUCGAGUAAGAUAAUAACUUGUCUAUUUACGACAGACGCGGAUUGGAAUCAUGGGUAUGAAAACGAACACAGUCAAGACUGUCAAGCCUUAUGGGAAAAGAACUUCACGCAAGAUGGCGUUUAUAUCAUAAGACCAAAUCCAAACCAAUCGGCGUUUAAUGCUUAUUGUGACAUGCAAGGUGGCGGAUGGACUGUCAUUCAAAGACGUUAUGACGGGAGUGUCGAAUUUCACAACCAAAAUUGGACGGAAUAUAAAAAUGGUUUUGGGGACGUUUCCACUGAGCAUUGGUUGGGAAAUGACCUCAUUCAUCUCAUUACAAAUUCAGGAAAUUAUGAGAUUAAAUUUGAUCUGAUGACUCCAGACAAUGUUUGGCACAAUGCGACAUAUUCUAAUUUCUCAAUACAAGAUGAAAUCGCGGAUUAUGAACUAUCGAUUGGGCCAUUCAUAGGUGGCAAUACAGAUGCCAUCGGGGCUUCCAAUCCUAAACAGGAACCCCAUGGCAUGAAAUUUUCCACACUUGAUGUCGUCAAUGACUUACGGAAUGGUUCAACGUGUGUAGAAAUGUACAAUGGGGCAGGCUGGUGGUAUAACUCGUGCACAACUGUAAAUCUAAAUGGGAAUUACAGCACGGAUGGUGUCUACCAUGACCAUAAACAGGGUAUCAAAUGGAAACCCCUUGCGCCGUCAGACACUAGUGUAUCUUUAAUGGCUACCACCAUGAAAGUAAAACGAUCUCCCUAAUCCACAGAAUUGUAAUUCUGUAAUCCACAGGACAGUGUUGUACGCUUUUGAGUUUUUACAUUGUUUUGCAGAUCGAGCCAGUAGACGUUUUUUGGGGGAGCCCGCCCUUGAAGUUAACUGUUUUACUUUUAAAAUGCCCCUCCUCCUUAGCAAAAGCUGACUACGGACCUGCAGGUCUGGGCCCCUGGCUAGACCCAAACCUUAUGGAACAUUUCCCUCCAUGUACAAAGCAUGCAAUCGAGCAGAUUCUUAAAGUUCAUCAAAUUAUAAACAUAUUAUUAAAGUCUGAUGACCAUCAAAGUGCUUUGAAUGAUUCUCUGGUUCGGUUCUGGUUCGCUCAGUUAUCGACCGUCAUUGUCUAGACAUUUCCAAAUAAAUGGAUGCAGAAAGCUGGUACAAAGUAAAAGUUCUCAUCUAUAUCUAAUACCUUAUUUAAUUGUUAUAUUAAAGUAGAUACAAAUAAAAGUAGAUGGAAAACGCACUUUAAAAUGCACUUAGUUCGCUCAAUAUCACUUGUAAUAAUACUACUCUUAAUGAUAGUACUCUGUUCUCCAAGCAACGGAACAGGCAUAUAAUCGAACAAAUCGCUUUUAAAUUGGACACGUCACAAUUUGGCUCCUGAUUGGAGAUUAAAGGUAAUGUACAUUGAUCACUGGUAAGUUGCCUCACUGGAGCUUCAUGCCCCCGUGACCCUCAGGCCUGAUUUCUUUAAAUGUGUAGUGUACAUGCAAAAUGAUCUUCUAUGACCAAUGGCCACAAAAACAUUUCGGCCCGAUUGGUCGACGUUUAGACCCCCCCCCCUCUACCGCGAUGUUUGUUUUGUAUGGGGUCACUUGGACCUUGAAUCUGCUCAUAUGUAUUUUUGGUUGUAAUAUCGCAUACCCCAGGUAUUAUUGAACAUGAAACAUUGUGACUUAUACUUCAUGUGCUAAUGAGCACUGACUUUU